AUGAUACCGCAGCUAAUGAGUUUUUUCUAUCCGUUGGAGAACAGUUCUAAGAUCGUUGAAUUGAAAUACGAAAUAAGUUUCUCACUUGUCAAGCUCGCAACCGAAUCCAACGCCAAAGACUGGAAGCUACAUGACAUCCGUCGUUACUGCCAACCCUCGCAGUCACCGUUUUGGGACUGCAUGAACACCACCCUCAGCUCGAUCCAGCGUGGAAUCAACUGGCCUGGGAGGACAUGUUGUGCGCUGGGAAUGUCGAUAAGGUGCCAAAAUACUUGUGCCAUUUCGUCCAACAGCAGCGAUCUUACCGAUGGAUGCCGUCAUAGUGACGAGCAGCGGCUGUUUAGUUGCGUCAAGCGACAGGAGGAUGGCGACAGUUGUUGUGCGAAUGCGAGAACUUCCGAAUGUUUGCAAGCUUGUCAAGAUAUAUUUAGGACCCAUCGGACCCCAAGCCGGCAGCAGAGGGAGCUGGUACAAAGUGCGUGCAGCAAUAAUAAUACCAAUAUUUUACAGUGCAUCAAAGCAUAUGUGGAAGUUACGGUGAACGACAAUUUGAAACAGUAUCUGCCCUGCUGUGACCACGCUACGAAUGGCGAUUGUAAGAAGGCAUGUCGAGAAACUCUGCUGGAAGCAAGUUCAACGGAGGAGGAAACAGUCGAUGCUCUGCAGAACGCCGGAUGUGGGGUUCCAUUGCCACAUGAUCCAUUGUGGAAAUGUUUCUUCUCAUUCGGGAAACAGAAGACCAGUCCUGUCAAUUCGGAUGAGAUUUCUAGAAUCAAUCAGGUUGGAAUGGACUCCGCUAAACUUCACUGUUGCUUGAAGGCCAACUCCUCGAGAUGUCGCAGGUUUUGUAUAACAACCUACUCCAACGAGUGGACUACGGACCUGGCGGCGUUCGAAUCGAGCUGCCUGCAGUCCACUGAGGAAUACAGUAUGAAGCAAUGUGUUGAUGAAGUUGAAGAGCCCUGUGAGUUGGGUUGCGAUGGUCUUUCAUACUGCAGUAAUUUCAACAAUCGUCCGACGGAGUUAUUCCGUAGCUGUAGAGUGCAGUCGGAUAUCGCCGCGCGUAGUGACGUCGAACAGUGGAGAGAACAGCUAUCGGUUAGCUUGCCGGGAAUUACGGUACCUAUUCGUAACAUUAGUGGAUGUUCCAGUGAAAUUUGGAAGUCGGUUGCCUGCCUGCUACAAGUAAAGCCGUGUACUCGAACCUAUCACACUAACCACAUCUGUCGGGACGAUUGCCAAGAGUUGUUGGGGAAUUGUGUUGACUGGAAUCGAAUGAACGCGAAACAUACCGUGUAUAGUUUGUGUCAGAUGUUUGCACCUGACGACAAAAAUGAAAAUGAAUGCAUUUCCUUGAAACGUUUCCAGGAACCAAGCGAUAUCCCUCAUAGAAACUCAGAUAUUGCAUUGCUUUCCCCCUGCAGGGGGAAUCCCUGUAAUUCGACCCAAGUGUGUCUCGUAAAUCGAGACGGUUCGUUUGGUUACAGGUGCGUUAACGGCUGCCCUUUGGGAGAAGCUUCAUCCUAUCUGGUAGCCGAAGGGACCUUCGUACGUAUCCCUGUUUCUACGACAUUAAAAGGUUGCCUAAAGGUUUGUCGUUGUGGUCCUGGUGGGAGGAUCGAAAAGUGUCAACCACUACCGUGCAUCAGUUACGACUCUUGUGUGCUAGCAGGGAAACGAUUUCCGCAUUUAUCAUUUUUCUACGUAGAAUGCAACAUUUGUAGCUGCUUCGCAGGGGAGAUAACUUGCACGAAAAAGCAAUGUCGUGUGCCUGGAAUAACGUUCAACAAGUCGUUUACCAGCCUGCCGUGUAACUGUCCGCCUCACUAUGUCCCGGUUUGCGCUAGGAAUGGGAAUACCUAUCCCUCAGCAUGUAUUGCAAAAUGUUCCGGUAUUCAAGAUGGUGACAUCGAAUUUGGACCGUGUCGUGCCAGAGAUCCGUGUGCCGGUGUCGAUUGUGGUCCGCUGUCGGUCUGCAUUCCUGAUAGGAAUGUUUGCUUGUCCAGUAUGCACAAACCGUGUCCACAGCAUCGGUGCGUGAACCUUGCCUCGGCGAAUUGUUCGGUGUUAACAUCCAUAAGAGACACAGCUUUAAAUUUCUAUCCAACCAUAUGCGAUCUGGUUAAAUCGAGUGGAUUGUACGCAUACCAGGAAAAAUACCUGAAAUACUGUGAAACCUCACGCAAACGGACUCAGGUUUGUGGGGUCAAUGGGAUAACGUAUCGAAGUGAGUGUGAAGCGUGGAGUGAUUUCAGCACUGUGGAUUACAAUGGUCCAUGCCAAGAGGUAGGAGUGAUAAGUUCAACGCUGGAAGUGAAAUGCUCCUCUAUAAAGUGUCCCAAACGGAAGUCCUACGAAUGCAACCUGGUAAUUCCUCCCGGUGCUUGCUGUCCGAUCUGUGGCAUUGCGUUCCGGAUUGUUUACUCGAGAAAGCAGGUCGACCGAGCGCUUUAUGCGUUAAAAGGGAAGGAGACUGAACAUGUGACAUUGAAGUCGAUUCUACGGUCACUCGAACGACUGCUGCAAACCGUGGAGUGCCGAAUAAGUGGACAGUUGACUUUUGAAAAUGAUAUUUAUGUGAUAAUUGAAAAUCUUAGCAAAAAUCCAAAUUUUCUACAAGUUGAAAUCUGUACACGCGAAGCGGAGAAAAUAGUUACGUUGAUACGGACACAAAGCCACAGGAUUACCAGUGAGUUGAAUUUGAGUGCGCUCACCGUAGCCAAUCUAGUUAAGUUAAACGCAGAGAGUGGAGCAAAUACUGCAAAUUUGGACUGGAGAAUAGUAUUUUUAUCAGUGCAAAUAGUUUUCUGCAAAUAUUUCAGUACAUCGAGAGCAACUCCGUGA